CCUACAGUAAUCUGUAUCGUUACUUUGUUACUGCGGUGGAAAAUAAAUAAAUAUUAAAUUCGUUUGCAUAUGAACUAUUAUAUCCUCAAGAUAUAAGUGUUCUUCGUUUAUAUCAGCCAUCGUUUAAAAUCAUAUGGUGUCUAUAACUUGAAUCAGCGUUUGAAAUAAGGUGAAAAUUGGCGCCAGUACCGAUGCUUUAGUGGCACCCGUGGUUCGAUAAGCAGCCGCCAUGUCGUCUGUGAAGGUGGCGGUGAGGGUCCGCCCCUUCAACUCCCGGGAGAUAGCGAGGGAGUGCAAGUGCAUUAUAGAGAUGUCCGGCAAUACUACAGUUAUCGUCAACCCAAAAGUACCACCAGGCAGCAAGGAGAGCGCUAAAAGCUUCAACUUUGAUUUCUCAUAUUGGUCGCACAACCCCAGUGAUGCAGAUUUCUCUUCGCAAAUUAUGGUCUACAAAGACAUCGGCGAAGAAAUGUUACAACAUGCUUUUGACGGCUACAAUAUAUGCAUAUUCGCAUACGGUCAGACGGGCGCGGGGAAAUCCUACACCAUGAUGGGUCGCGGCGAAGACGGCCAGGAGGGCAUCAUACCGCAGAUCUGCAAGGAUUUGUUCCGACGCAUACGACAGACAACGUCUGAUGAUCUUACUUACUCGGUGGAGGUCUCAUACAUGGAGAUAUACUGCGAGCGUGUCAGAGACCUCUUGAACCCAAAGAAUAAGGGCAACCUGCGUGUACGUGAGCACCCGGCCCUUGGACCCUACGUGGAGGACCUCAGCAAACUGGCUGUCAUGUCCUAUCAGGAUAUAUACGACUUGAUCGAUGAAGGGAAUAAAGCCAGAACUGUGGCAGCAACAAACAUGAACGAGACAUCAUCUCGUUCGCACGCCGUAUUCACCAUCUUCUUCACACAGCAGCGGCAUGAUAAGACUACCAAUUUGGUCUCUGAAAAGGUGUCAAAAAUCUCGCUAGUCGAUCUAGCGGGUUCCGAACGUGCUGACUCCACAGGCGCUAAGGGCACUCGCCUGAAGGAAGGAGCCAAUAUUAAUAAGUCGCUCACCACUUUGGGAAAAGUUAUAUCAGCGCUUGCUGAGAUUGCAUCAAAGAGCAAGAAAUCAAAGAAAGCGGACUUCAUACCGUACCGUGACUCGGUGCUCACGUGGUUGCUAAGGGAGAACUUGGGAGGGAACUCGAAGACGGCCAUGAUUGCUGCUAUAUCGCCAGCUGAUAUUAAUUACGACGAAACGCUCAGUACAUUGAGAUAUGCCGACCGCGCCAAACAAAUCGUAUGCAAGGCGGUCGUCAACGAGGACGCAAACGCGAAACUCAUCCGCGAACUCAAAGAGGAAAUACUCAAACUACGCGAACUACUCAAAGCAGAAGGAAUCGACGUCGAAGAGGGACCCGACGGUAGAGUCGUUUACGAAAAGAAAGAGACCAGAGAUCAAUCGCCAAUGCGCAAGAAGACAGAAGAAGAAGAGAUGAUGUCGCCGAAACUGUCUCGAGCGGCGACGACUAUAGCAGAGGAGGCGGUGGACCAGUUGCAAGCGUCUGAGAAACUUAUUGCUGAACUAAACGAGACCUGGGAGGAGAAACUUAAACGCACGGAACAAAUCCGAGUGCAACGCGAAGCGGUAUUCGCUGAGAUGGGUCUCGCCGUCAAGGAGGGGAUCACUGUAGGUGUAUACUCGCCUAAGAAAACACCGCAUUUGGUCAAUUUGAAUGAAGACCCUAAUCUGUCUGAGUGCCUCAUUUAUUAUAUCAAGGAUGGUGUAACCCGCGUCGGUACAGCAGAAGCGAACGUACCACAAGACAUACAACUCUCGGGCUCACAUAUAGUCAGCGAGCAUUGUAUCUUCGAGAACACGGAUGGAGUCAUAUGUCUGAUACCGCAUCGUGGUGCGCUGGUCUAUGUUAAUGGACGAGAGGUAAACGAGCCAAUAAUCCUGAAAACGGGGUCCCGUGUGAUCCUGGGCAAGAACCACGUGUUCCGCUUUACGCAUCCCGGACAACCGCGGGAGGAGCCGCUGAACAAACUUAUCACGGACACUACUGAUACUGAAGUACCGGAGAAAAGCGCAACCGAAACGGUAGACUGGGACUUCGCGCAGUGCGAACUGCUGGAGAAGCAAGGCAUCGAUCUCAAGCAGGAGAUGCAGAAGCGUCUCUGUGCGCUCGAGGAGCAGUUCCGCAAGGAGAAGGAACACGCUGACCAGCAGUUUGAGGAGCAGAGAAAGAACUACGAAGCGCGUAUCGACGCGUUGCAACGUCAAGUGGAGGAACAGAGCGUGACUAUGUCUAUGUAUAGCUCUUACACGCCUGAAGACUUCCAUAAUGAUGAAGAUAUAUUUGUCAACCCAUUAUUUGAGACGGAAUGCUGGUCAGCUCGUGAAGUGGGUCUAGCAGCAUGGGCCUUCCGCAAGUGGAAGUAUCAUCAGUUCACCUCGCUACGUGACGAUUUGUGGGGAAAUGCUAUCUUCCUCAAGGAAGCGAACGCGAUAUCCGUGGAACUGCGCAAGAAAGUGCAGUUCCAAUUCACCCUCCUCACCGACACGCCAUACUCCCCCCUGCCCGCGGAACUAGCGCCACGAGAUGACGCGGACGACGAGUAUAGACCGAGCGCCCCUACUGUGGUCGCUGUAGAAGUUACCGACACUAAGAACGGCGCUACACACUAUUGGACGCUCGAAAAGUUGCGCCAUCGGCUGGAGCUGAUGCGCCAGAUAUACAACAUGAACGAGGGCGCGUGCCCCGAGGAGGAGGAGCCCCCGGAGAGACCGGCCAGUGGGGUCCGCGCAGACCCCGACCUGCUGCAGUGCCUGUCCGCCGCCGCGCACCAAACGCGCCUCUCGCUCGCCAACUUGUUGCCUUCGAGGCAACGGUUGGAGUUGAUGCGCGAGAUGUAUCACAACGAAGCCGAACUGUCACCGACUUCACCAGAUCAUAACAUCGAGUCAGUGACUGGUGGUGACCCAUUCUACGACCGAUUCCCAUGGUUCCGUUUAGUUGGACGGAGCUUUGUCUACCUUUCGAACCUCCUGUACCCGGUUCCCCUCAUUCACAAGGUGGCCAUAGUGAACGAAAAAGGAGACGUGAAGGGCUACUUGCGUGUAGCCGUACAGGCGGUAGUCGACGCUGAGAAAAAUAACUCAGAAUUCGUAGCGGGCGUGAAGCAGUCCGCGAAGAUUUCGUUCGAUGACGACAUCGUGCCAACUCGGUCACGAUUGAAGACCUUAUCCACUGUGGAGAAAAAUAACGCGAUGAAUCUAGAAGAUCGACCUGACCAAGAUUCUAAUAUCAAAAUUGAAGAACUAGCAGCAGCGGAAUGUGACGCAGACAGCGGUCGCGGAGACAGUUCUCUAGCAUCAGAGCUGAAGGAGGAAGAACUGCCAGAUCACUUGGCGCCAGGUCGUGAGUUCACGUUCCGCGUCACCGUGCUGCAGGCGCACAGUGUUGCUACGGACUACGCGGACGUGUUCUGCCAGUUCAAUUUCCUGCAUCGCAACGAAGACGCGUUCUCAACAGAGCCAGUUAAGAACGCCGGCAAGAACACGCCUCUUGGCUUCUACCAUGUACAAAAUAUUACUGUGCCCGUCACGAAAUCAUUCGUAGAAUACAUCAAGACGCAACCAAUCGUAUUUGAAGUUUUCGGACACUACCAGCAACAUCCAUUACACAAGGACGCGAAGCAGGACGGGCCGGCGGCGGGGCGCACGCCCCCGCGCCGCAUGCUGCCGCCCUCCAUCCCCAUCUCGGCGCCCGUGCGGAGCCCCAAGUGGGGCGCCGCCAGCGUGGCCCCGCCCUGCUGCUCCUCGCACCUGCACUCCAAGCACGAUCUGCUGGUCUGGUUCGAGAUCUGCGAGCUCGCGCCUAGUGGGGAGUAUGUGCCUGCGGUAUUUGAGCACAGCGAUGAGCUGCCAUGCCGUGGCCUGUUCCUGCUCCACCAGGGCAUACAACGCCGUAUUCGUAUCACGAUUCUGCACGAGCCAUCUUCUGACUUGCAGUGGACUGAUGUGAGGGAAUUGGUUGUUGGCCGUAUCCGCAAUACACCUGAGGCGAAUGAAGAUACUACAGACGGUGAUGAAGACGGUGCUCUGUCUCUUGGCCUCUUCCCGGGAGAAAGACCUAAUCUUGAUGACCGAGCUGUGUUUAGGUUCGAAGCCGCAUGGGAUAGCAGUCUGCACGGUUCGCCUCUGCUCAACCGAGUUAGCGCUAAUGGCGAAGUCGUUUACAUCACGCUCAGCGCUUAUCUUGAGAUCGAGAACUGCGGCCGGCCGGCCAUAGUGACGAAGGACCUGUCGGUGGUGGUGGUCGGUAGGGAGGCGCGCACGGGCCGCUCGCUGCGGCGCGCGCUGUUCGGCUCGAAGGGGCCGCGCGCCGACCGCCUCACCGGCGUGUACGAGCUCAGCCUGCACCGCGCGCUCGAGCCCGGAGUACAACGCCGCCAGCGUCGGGUACUCGACACUAGCGGUACAUACGUGCGCGGUGAGGAGAACCUGCACGGCUGGCGGCCGCGCGGCGACUCGCUCAUAUUCGACCACCAGUGGGAAUUGGAGAAAAUGACCCGCCUCGAGCAAGUCGGUCGUACGCGACACUUCCUCGCUCUGCGCGAGCGCUUGAGGCACGGACAUGAGAACACUGUUGCGCCUAAUGACUUUACUAAAACUGAAAAGGAGGUAUGCAACAUGGCGGCCAAAGCUGCGUCGGAAAGUGCGCACGAGUUGCCCGAGCGCUGGGACAUGACGCCGCGCGAGCGGGAACUCGCCACCAAGUUCGUCAAGCUUAUACAGGGACGGAUAGGCACAAACAAAGAAGUAGAGACAGCUGUAUCUCCCGCUACUCCGGUUGACGAAGGCGUGUCUGCUGAUAUCUCGACACCAAGCCUGCUGUCCUCCAUACACAGCGCUAGUAGCUUCGAGCUGUGCUCCCCGGAACGCGCGUUGCUCGAAAAGUCGAUGUCUGGGUGGGGCUGCGGGCUGGGUGCGAGCGGGGUGCUGGCGGGCCCGGGCAGCGGCGCGCUGUACGUGCCCGAGUGCGAGGAGGUGCGCGUGUCGGCCGCCGUCGCGCGCCGCGGGUACCUCAACGUGCUGCAGCACGGCACGCACGGCUGGAAGAAGCGCUGGCUGGUGGUCCGUCGACCAUACGUGUUCAUGUACCGCGAUGAACGUGACCCGAUCGAACGUGCUCUAAUCAAUCUUGCGAAUGCACACGUUGAGUACUCGGAGGACCAGGAGCAAAUGGUCCGCAUGCCCAACACUUUCAGUGUGGUGAGCAAGGAGCGCGGCUACUUGCUGCAAACACUCGGUGAUAAGGAAGUGCACGACUGGCUCUACGCCAUCAACCCUCUACUCGCCGGACAGAUAAGGUGUGCGCGCACAGGUCGCGGUCAGGUCGGCGCGGUGGGGCCCCAGCGGGCCCCGGGGGUCCCGGGGGCCCCGCAGCCGAGGGCCCCACACCCGGGGGCCUCGAUAAGGGGCUGCAAACGCUCGCCGCAUGAGACACCCUCACAAUGGAGUCUAUCCUCGUUUUUUAAGUGCGUCGCCGACGGGCGGGUGUACGCGCACAGGCCGGUCCGCGCACCGCGCUCCGCUAGAUAUUGAGGCCGGCUCACACCACACGCGCACGCUUUCGUUCGCUGCGAUACUACACUGGGGGAUAGGAUUGUAGCCUCGCACACUUGGAAGGAGAAAGAGAACACGUAUUUUGGCUUGCGUUGAACGGACGCGGCGGUGGUGCCGCUUUUCGUAUGAAAAGCGACACUCAACUUUCGGUGCAAAGGAACCGCCCGCGGUGUGUUUGUAGUGUGAAUGUUGUUUACAUCUAGAGAACGUCUCUUUUGAUUAGUAGCGAACGAAAGCGGGGCGCCGAACGAAUUUACGUGACUGGUUUGGUAGAAUGAAGUUACCAAAGAUUAUUUGCUUAUCACGAGUGAAUGUCGUAUUUUUUGUGAUUCGAGACUCCCUGUCCGCGUCCUCCGCGAGGACCUUUCGUAUCUAUCGAUUGUUUAAAAUAAGUUGUAUAAAUAUAGUAUAAAUUAUUUUAGCGCGAUGUUGCGCUGUAUAUCUCUGUUGACAGUAUUAAUUGAUUGCAUUUAAUGCGAGAUACGGUCUAUUCUAUAGUGAUUAUAGGUGUAUAUGUUCAAUGUUACUUUGGUUGUUUGAGUCGACGAAGUGUGAGUUGGGACCAAACCGGUGCACUGAGGGAGAGGGUACGAGAGCUAUUUACAGAGAGUUUGAGAACAAUAAUUGUAUGUUUAGGGAAAGCCCGGGAAUGGGCCGGCUUUAAUAUCUAUCGCGGGACGCACACGUUUUAUAAACUUUGAACUGUAUUUGUAAUCGAUUUUAGACGAAUAUUGUUAGCGUUAUUGUCUUUGCAUCGAUGUUGUUUACAUUUCUCGCCAAAUUUUUCUCAUAUCGUCAGUCUAAUUAGAAUCUGUAAUUUUGAGAUUUUUAUUAUUGUAUUUAAGAUAUUGAUAUCUAUAAUACUGUAAUCUCGAACUGGAAUAAAUAGUAUAGAUUUAUAAUUUAUGUCGACUUUAAGUUUUAUAACUCAUAGUCGCGUUUAAACCGAAAGCAGGUGUUGGUAGUGAAUGAAUUGUGAUAAAUUAGGCCGACGAUAUUUAUUGUUAUUUAUGAAGUUAAUGUAGAUUGUGUUUUUACUAGAGCAUACUUAAUAACGUAGAUAAUAAUAUUUUUAACGCUUAGUUGACUGCUGCGAAUCAUCAAUUCGAAUUAUUUAUCUGUGGUAGUCUUAGAUUUUAGAUAUGCAAAGACUCUAAUGACAACAAAUAUGCCAAUCAUGUUAACUUUAUCUAUAAAUGUGUUACGUGCAAUAUAAUGUUAAUGGUCUUAAAGAGUUGCGCACAAAAGUAUUAUCCGGCGAUGUCGAGUGGACUCCAUUAAUGUGAGAUGAAUUUACACGAAACAACAUGUUACUAAAAGUAUAGAUUUUCUUCUAAUGUUGCAUUAUAUGAUGUAAUUUAACUUGUAUAUACGUAUGACCCGAAUGGUAGAGGUAAAGUAUAUUUUGUGGCUCCGGGCCGAUGCGAUGUGGCGGUAGUCCUUGUGACGUCAUACGUAACGUUUCUUUUCACUCUAGUAUUGAUUGUAAAUACAUUAUUAUAAUAUGUGUAGUUAAAUGUAGUAUAUGCGUUUCAGGAGAUUAUAAUUUUUGACCCUCUUUACGUGUCCAGUGAACAUUUUUAUUUGUAUUUUACGGAUUAUUGUUCAUUUCUACUUUUAUCAUGUUAAUUAAAUUUGAUUGUAUAAAGUAGGUUAAUGUAAUAUUAUCGGCGUAGAAGUGAUGGUUUUGUAACGGUUCAGUUCGGAAGUGUCCAACGUCACAAAUCGUUCUGGAAUAUUCUAGUCAUGUACGCGGCGUAGGAAUAUUGCGUGAUAGGGUAGGCCAUAUAGUUACAUAUAUACAAUGAUGCUGUGCAUACAAUCACAUAGUAGUUUGUUAAUAAAUGUCUCGGUGUUACGUUGUACACUUAUUGUAAUCUACCCUCGCGCUACACAUAGCUCUUUCCUUCGUUAUAUCAGAUACAAUUUAUGUCAUCGUAGUUAGAUAAAUGUAUGUGACGGUAGAUUUAUUGUAUUUCAUUUCUCGUAUCAAAUAUCAAAGUCCAAACGAUUUUAAUCUUGUUACAGCUUCGAUUAAUGUUGAGUAAACUUGUAAUUGUCACUGUCCUAUCGCUUCUAGGUGACUAUUUUCAAUCUAUAUGUAAAUUAUUGAGCGUAUUUUUAAGAUCUAUUUCAUGAAAAAUUUCGUAAGCUUAAGUGAAUUUUGGUCGUUGUAAAUAAGUCUUUGAAUACUUCGUUUAUUAUAAAUGUGUUACAGUUAUGAGUAAAAUAAUCGAAUUGCUUUAUAUUUGUGUUUUGAAUCCGAUCACAGGCUUGCACAUUGACUCGUAGACGAAUACCCUGCUGAACACUAGAGUAUCCAAAUAAAUUAGAUUAAAAUAAAAUAUAUAGUCGUAAGGUCAAGAAGUAUUAUCCAAAUUAGGCAUGCUGUGUGUUAUCUGAAACUUAAUACGUUAUUAUUACAUUGUCGUCAAAUUGAUUGGUACUUACUGUGGGCAGUUUUCGUUUCGGUGGGGACGUGUCGUCAACUACUUGGAUAUUUUUCUAUCGACUACUAUUGCUUUGAACAGCCCUAGCGAUAUUAGCCGACUACAUAAUACCUAUAUUAACGUCUGUAUGUGCAUUAAACUUUGACGAUAUGUCUCGCGCACCUCUUGUCUAGAGAUUAUUUUACUAAAUUGUAAUUGUUUGCAAAUGUGUAAUUUGUUACGUUGAUCAUGAUCAUGCAAUCGUCUUUUUACCUCACAUAAUAAUUUAUGGAUCUCAAAUUGUUUUCUAAUAUUACGCGUUCUUUUCUAGUCAUUUUUUUAUACAUUCCAAUGUUUCUUCUUUUCGAAUGAACUAGGAUAAUGUAUUUUGCAUAGCAAAAUGGUGUUUACGUAGUUAAAUAUAGCAGGAAAUUUAAGAUCACGGAAGUGCCGUGCGUUGGAUGUAAUAUAUUUUUAUUAUUUAGUUAGAUUUCUUUUUUAAAUAAGUUUUGCGGAGCUUCUUGUCUAAUUGUAUUUUUGAAAUUUCGAAAGACCUUUUUAAAUUAGAUAUAGCAGCUUAAGCUGGAUUAUAUAUAUUUUUAUAGAGUAUACUCAAAAGCUAUACUGUUAUUUUUAUAGAGUAGCGGAUGAUUAAGUUGACUGUUCUAUGUACUUUAUUUUGAAAUAUUUUGACGAGGCACCGAAGUGCCGAAGGAGCUUUUGUUUAGUGCUUUUUAUUCUCACGACGUGUUAGGGAGGCUCCUUGUGAUUCGAUAGUGAUUGUUGUUUGUUGGGCGAGAACGAUAUUUGAAAUUAUAUAUUCUAUAUAUAAUUUAUGGAUUUCAUUCAAUUUAUGAAAAUAAGAACAAUGUAAUAAUUGGUAAUAUUACUUAUUGCUCUAAAUGUACUAUCAAAAUAUAUUAUACACAGUGUUAAAGGUCAUAAAUAAAAUGCUUUGAAAAUUUCCA